AUGAGCCAGAACAAUGUGACCCAAGCGGACCUCAUGGCCAGUGAUGACAAUAGCAAUAAGGCGCAUUAUGGUGGACAGAGCGUUGUGAGCGUUAUAAGGACUGCGAGCUCGUCGAAAGGGGUUAUAAAGGCGGCUUUCGCGAUGAAGGUGGCAACAACAAUGGGGUUUGAGUUCGCACACAACCAAAUCCUGGAGUGGGCAGGUACCUAUAAAGGUGGCACACCCAUAUUCAGUUACCGACUUGGGGUGGCAGAUGGACUUGUGGCCAUGGCCAAUCGGGAAAAGAAAAGAGAGCUUGAGCAAGUGCAAUGCAAAGAGCUCGAUUUGGUUGUGGCUAAAGAGCGCGAAGAAUCGAAGAAGCGUCAACGAGAAGUUGACAGAGUACAUAUUCUACCGACUUUCAACAGGGAAUUAAGCAGUUCCUCGGACUUUAAAGACAAAUGGCUGGUGCCAAAAAGCCCGGUUUCCAACACGACAGACUUAGGUAUCGACUCCGACAGCGAUCUUGAUGAUGUUGAAGGACUUGGUAUCAAGGCCGACUUUAACAUCGACGACGCCCAAAUCAUAGAUAUCGGCGAUGACUUGGACGAAAGUGUGAAAAGAUUUGUGAAACAUGAGUCUUCAGAGCCUUCAAAUUCUAUCGAAAUUCCCAAAUACAACCCGGCAGAAACCACAAACUAG